AUGACUGCUGCUGGGGAGCAGCAGUCAUACCCCCAGCAGCAGUCAUACCCCCCAGCAGCAGUAAACCCCCAGCAGCAGUCAUACCCCCCAGCAGCAGUCAUACCCCCCCAGCAGCAGUCUUACCCGUCCAGCAGCAGUCAUACCCCCCCAGCAGCAGUCAUACCCCCCCAGCAGCAGUCAUACCCCCCAUCAGCAGUCAUACCCCCCCAGCAGCAGUCAUACCCCUCCAGCAGCAGUCAUCGCCCCCAGCAGCAGUCAUACCCCUCCAGCAGCAGUAAACCCCUCCAGCAGCAGUCAUACCCCCCAGCAGCAGUCAUACCCCCUCCAGCAGCAGUCAUACCCAUUCAGAAGCAGUCAUACCCCUCCAGCAGCAGUAAACCCCUCCAGCAGCGGCCAGUGGUCAGCAGCAGUCAUACCCCUCCAGCAGCAGUCAUACCCCCAGCAGCAGUCAUACCCCCAGCAGCAGUCAUACCCCCAGCAGCAGUCAUACCCCCCAUCAGCAGUCAUACCCCCAGCAGCAGUCAUACCCCUCCAGCAGCAGUCAUCGCCCCCCAGCAGCAGUCAUACCCCUCCAGCAGCAGUAAACCCCUCCAGCAGCAGUCAUACCCCCAGCAGCAGUCAUACCCCCCCAGCAGCAGUCAUACCCAUUCAGAAGCAGUCAUACCCCCCCAGCAGCAGUCAUACCCCUCCAGCAGCGGCCAGUGGUCAGCAGCAGUCAUACCCAUUCAGAAGCAGUCAUACCCCUCCAGAAGCAGUCAUACCACCCCAGCAGCAGUCAUACCCCUCCAUCAGCAGUCAUACCCCUCCAGCAGCAGUAAACCCCUCCAGCAGCAGUCAUCGCCCCCCAGCAGCAGUCAUACCCCUCCAGAAGCAGUCAUACCACCCCAGCAGCAGUCAUACCCCUCCAGAAGCAGUCAUACCCCCCCAGUAGCAGUCAUACCACCCCAGCAGCAGUCAUACCCCUCCAGCAGCAGUCAUACCCCCCCAGCAGCAGUCAGCAGCAGUCAUACCCAUUCAGAAGCAGUCAUACCCCUCCAGAAGCAGUCAUACCCCCAGCAGCAGUCAUACCCCCAGAAGCAGUCAUACCCCUCCAGCAGCAGUCAUAUCCCUCCAGCAGCGGCCAGUGGUCAGCAGCAGUCAUCGCCCCCCAGCAGCAGUCAUACCCCUCCAGAAGAAGUCAUACCCCCCAGCAGCAGUCAUACCCCCCCAGCAGCAGUCAUACCCCCCCAGCAGCAGUCAUACCCCCCCAGAAGCAGUCAUACCCCUCCAGCAGCAGUCAUACCCCUCCAGCAGCAGUCAUAUCCCCCAGCAGCAGUCAUACCCCCCCAGCAGCAGUCAGCAGCAGUCAUACCCAUUCAGAAGCAGUCAUACCCCUCCAGCAGCAGUCAUACCCCCCCAGCAGCAGUCAUACCCCUCCAGCAGCAGUCAUACCCCUCCAGCAGCAGUCAUACCCCCCCAGCAGCAGUCAUACCCCUCCAGCAGCAGUCAUACCCCCCAGCAGCAGUCAUACCCCUCCAGCAGCAGUCAUAUUCCCCCAGCAGCAGUCAUACCCCCCAGCAGCAGUCAUACCCCCCCAGCAGCAGUCAGCAGCAGUCAUACCCAUUCAGAAGCAGUCAUACCCCUCCAGAAGAGUCAUACCCCCCCAGCAGCAGUCAUAACCCCCAGCAGCAGUCAUACCCCUCCAGCAGCAGUCAUACCCCCAGCAGCAGUCAUACCCCCCCAGCAGCAGUCAUACCCCUCCAGCAGCAGUCAGCAGCAGUCAUACCCAUUCAGAAGCAGUCAUACCCCUCCAGCAGCAGUCAGCAGCAGUCAUACCCAUUCAGAAGCAGUCAUACCCCCCCAGCAGCAGUCAUACCCCUCCAGCAGCAGUCAUACCCCUCCAGCAGCAGUAAUACCCCUCCAGCAGCGGCCAGUGGUCAGCAGCAGUCAGCAUCUGUGUUUGUCACAGAAUUGAAAUGA